AUGAAAGCCAAUUUCGAGACUCCAGAAAAACAACUUGAAGAUCUCCUCAAAGAGACUCCGCAAACAGUCCAAAGGGCAAAUAGUGAGCAAAUUUUUUCAUCUGAGCACAAGCAAUCUUUAUCUCGAAUAUCUCAGCGACGAUACACUAACAUCCGUCAAUCACAAAUCAUUGAUGAUGAAAUUUUGCCAGCUGAUAUCAUCAAUGAUCCAGAUCCAAUAAAAGAAGUUCCUAUGGAUUUAAAGUCAGGGAAGCUCUUAAACUACACAAUAGAAACAUCUCCACAGCCUCCUCCAAACUACACUCGUAAACAUUCACACAAGAGGAGCAGCAGCAUUUGUGUUCCAAUGGAUGUCUCUAAUGAACAGAUUUUUAGUGAAAUUUCACAGCAAGUAAAAUAUGCAGAAAAGCAAGUGAAUGAUGAAAAUAAAUUUCUCGUGAAAAAUUUAAGCCCAUUGAGUACUGGGUCACAUCAUGGGAGGAACCUGAGUGAUUGUGACUCUGUCAUUUAUUUAGGCCACGGAGAGGAGACGACAAAUGAAAAAGAUAGGACUUUUGUUGACUCUCUAGAACAAACAGGGGAGUUAAAGAACAAUUUUCAUAAGAAAGUCCCAACAGCUACAACUACAUGCACAACUCGGACACAUACAGAUACAGAUAAAUGUGAGUCCAUAGAACUCGAAGUGGGAAAAUUCCAAUAUGAGACUUCUGUGAGAGGUAGCUUGCCUGUAUUUGGGAAUAUGCCUUGCACAGCUUAUUGUCAUUUUUGCAAAGAAGUUGUGCAUACUUCAUUGGAUUUUAGUGCAAAAAUCCCUCGACCUUUUAUAAAAGUAUUUUCAACAAUCGCUUCAUGCUGCAGAGCUCCUGAGUGGAUAAGUAAGUUAAGGAUACACAGAUGUCCUAAGUGCUCUCUUGUCUUGGCGAAGAGUAGGUAA